UAAGUAACUUGGAAUAUGUGAAAUCGUUAAAAGAAGUUUGCCACCUGGUAUAACACAUUUCUUUUAGAAAAUGAUAAUUUCAAACCAGGAAGUGCUCCAAGAAAUAUUAAUGAUUAUACAGGACAGAAAAAGGGACGACAAAAUAUCAAUUGGUCUACAGAUUGGGGAAUUUUGAAAGGAGAUAGUAUUAUUUUUAUUUUUUCUUAUUUUAUAUAUACAUAGAACUGUGUAGGUUUUUGAGCCUUCAAUUAUGUACAGAGUGGGCAAGUUUGCAUAUUCAUAAGCUCAUUUGAAACAGUUGAGUAAUCAUGUCUUUUCAUGAUUCUGAAUUAUCUGAUAUAUUGGAGAAUGAUGCUAGGGAAGCUCUUUAUCAUAAUGUUCAUGACAUUGUGGAAUAUGUUCAAGGGAAUUUUUGUGAACCUGGUCUAUCAGAAAUCGGCAACACAUUCAGUCCUCUGGGAAAUGAAGAAACCUUGAAUUUGAAACAAGAAAUCUUUAAUGACUUAUCACUGCCUUCUAACGUGUCAUAUCAACAAGAGCUGCCACCAGUUUAUACUGUUCCCCUUAAGGUUUGCAACGAAGAAUAUGCUGGACCAUACAAUUUCGACGUUUCAAUCAUACCAAAUGGUUCAAAAAAUCCUUGGGUGUAUUCCGCUUCCCUCAAUAAGGUGUUCAUUGAUAUGGGAGCUCAUUUUCCAGUGGAUUUCAGACUGAACUCUCGAGACCUUGAAGGUCUCUAUGUAAGAGUUACUCCAAGCUUCAGUUCAUUACAGCAUUCCCAAGAAUUAGUAUUCCGAUGUGUUCAACAUGAGCAACCUCAAUUUAACAAAGAUGUUCCUCCACACGUACGUCAACAUAUAAUUCGAUGUCCCUCAAAUGAUAAGGCCUUUUAUUUGGGAGAUCGCGACAACAAUCAGAGGUUGUCUGUAUUGUUUCCCCUCUCCUAUCCACAGGCUGGAACGGAUGCUGUAAGGGAGAUGUUUGUGUUUGUCUGCAAGAGUUCCUGUCCAACUGGAAUGAAUCGCAAACCAAUAGAAAUUAUAUUUACUCUUGAGAAGUAUGAUGGUGAAAUUCUGGGGCGGAGAAUUCUUAACGUAAGAAUUUGUAGUUGCCCAAAACGUGACAAAGAGAAAGAAGAAAAAGACUCAGUCAGUAAAUCUACAGCUCCUACAGGCAAAAAAAGAAAAUUAGAACCAAAAGAUAAGAAAAUACCAUCUGGGGAUGAGUCAAAAGACAAAAAUAUGCAUAGUGUUACAAUUGAAGUGCCUGGGAAGGCCAAUAUUCUUCAGAUCCUCAAGUUCAGUCAAGAUCUGAUGGCUGGAGAGGUAAUGAGAAAUCCUCAAAAAAAUGAGCAAUAUGUGGAAGCUUAUAAAAAAUUGCAAGCUCAAGUGAAUCAAUUACAGCAAUAAUACGCUUCCUCAAGAUUAUAGUUAAAACCAUAGAUGAUCUCUCCUCAGAACUCCUGAAUGUAGAUGGGAAUUAUUCCAUUUUUUACAUAUUCAAAACAAAAGCUUUAUAAGCUUGUCAAAUUUUUGAAUAUAAUUUAUAUAAGAUAGUAAGAAUGCGGAUUUCCACUUAUACAAGUUAUUUUGCAUUUAUUUUAGCCAUAUUUGUGAUGAAGGAGCAAAAUCAAAUAUCUGUUUAUGGUUCAGCAGGAAUAAAUGUUUCUCUGUUGACGUUCAAAUCAAAAAUAUAUAGAGUGACCCAUAUUAAAGGUUCACUAAAAUAACUAGAGUUAGUGCUCAAUCUAGUUUUUAUUUGAUGUUUCUAGUUAUUAUGAUGAACAAUUUAUAUUAAGAAAAAGUGGUGCUAGUUUCUGUAAUGAUUAGAAUUUUUAUUUGGUUUCAACGAAGAACUCUUGUUGCACCUUGGUUCAGACAUAUUUAUUUAUGCCCUGUUAAAAAGGUGCUGAUGCAAUGUUGUCUUCCAUAAGUGUCUUAUUGUCAAAAUUAAAAAAAAAUGAUAAAAGGAUAAUGAAACUGGUUAACCCCAAAUAGAAUGUAUAUAUUUUUUUUAAAUUACAUUAAGGAGUUAUCAACAUUAUAUUAAACAAAAAUCUGUUAAUACAACAUAAUAUUUUAAAUAUUUUUAAUAGGUGUUCUUGUUUACCUUAAGAAUCAAUUUUAUAAUCAUUUAUAUCAAUAAACUGUUUUUAUACUUUG